AUGUCUUUGAGGUUAUUCACAUGGUUUCAGCUGGAUGCAUUAUUCAAGUGCCUCUCAGAUGGUUCUCUCUCGGCUGCUUUUAUGGCAUACUGUCCCAUACAUCUUGAGCUGUUUUUCAGCUUUUUCUGCGCCUUCAGCUGGAUUGCUCCCCAAUUUGCUGCUGUUUGCCACUGUUCACGUGACUGUGCACGUGAACAGUCAGGUUGCUGUCCCAGGUUUUUUUGGUUCUCUGCGGGCUCUUUAAAGGUUCCUCAGCUGGUUUUCCUCGGGUCCCUUUCACUUUCGCCUCUCAGCUGGUCCUCUCAUGCUGCUGGUUUGAUGGUUCUCAUUGCAGUCAGUUGGAGCCUUUAUUCUCAGCUGGUCUUUACGGGACUCCACCUGUUCUCCCUGGUUCUUUUCAGCUGGUCUUCCUCCAGUUAG